CUUGAUUUCAGUUGCGGUUAAUCUUCCGAUUGGUACAUAGUGUUUGCUCAUUUGUUGAUUUAUUGAUUGGGGACGAUGAGCCGUUUCAUCCUUUGUGUAGUGAGUGUUAUCAACGUAGCUAUGGUGCUAGCGGACGUCACACCGAGACGAGAUGCUGAGUAUCCUCCACCAGAACUGCUUGAUGCGAUGAAGCCAAUCCACGAUAUCUGUGUCAAAAAGACUGGAGUGACCGAUGAGGCCAUCAAGGAGUUCAGCGACGGUCAGAUCCACGAAGACGAGAAACUCAAAUGCUACAUGAACUGUUUGUUCCACGAGGCCCGCGUUGUCGAUGACAAUGGCAACGUGCAUCUGGAGAAAUUGCACGAAUCGCUUCCCAACUCGAUGCACGAUAUCGCUUUGCACAUGGGCAAGCGCUGCCUCUAUCCGGAAGGAGAGAAUUUGUGCGAGAAGGCCUUUUGGCUGCAUAAGUGCUGGAAGCAGGCCGAUCCAAAGCACUAUUUUCUUGUUUGAGUUUCAAAACCGGCAGAAAAACUGAGUAAAUUUCAGCGAACUGCUCCAGUAUUUCAUUCGUGCAUCCAUUACUGUAAAAAGUUUGGAAACAAUAAAAACAUCAUUAUGUGAAGCAGCUGGAAAUGUAAAAUGGAAUCGAGCUAACUCAGUUUUUAACUUAUUUUAAGAUUGUUUAUAAGGUUCUGCACGUAGAAUUUGUGACUAACUAUGCGAAAUAUUAAAAUUUACAUGAUAACAGUUACUAACCCGAAGCAGAAAAAAGAUAUAAAAAAAUGAGUUGAAAUAAAUAACGAAACAAGGAGAGCUUUUUGAA